GAUAGAUACCGACUUUCGCGUUGGGUAAGGAUUUUGAAGCGCUGGCAACCAGAUCAGCUGCUCUUGACAACUAGUCACACGCUGACAGGCAUAUCGCACUUGCUUUCAAUCCUUCUUCUUUCGACUCGGUCCGCUAGCCCAGUAUGAACAUGAGUUCCGGGUCUUCUUUCCUCGAUCAGCUGCAGAACCAGCUGCACCCUGAUUCGACACCGCAAUCCUCGGACCCGUACCAUGACGACCCCGUGCCGGACGUUAUAGAGGAGGCCCCAGAGCCUGUCGUUGAGGCUCCGCCUACACCGGAGCCGGAACGAAACAGCCUAGACAUGUCGAGCCAGGACCUGUUUCCUGCGUUGCCGGUUGCCACCCCAGGCAAAACUCCUUUAGGCAGCUGGGCUGCCAAAGGACCCUCGGGGCAGCCGAAAGCUGCAGCGGGUGCCCCAUCACGUCCGGGUGCUCCGACGGCGGGUGGCCUUGCCAGGCCGAAGAAAGCCACUGAGCGACUUGAGAUUCCUUCCGAGUUGCAGGCUCCGUUGCAAAACGAGAAGGGAAAGUCUGUUUCAGCUGCCUACGUGUGCAAGCAGAUCACCUCCCGACAUGGCACGUCAGUUGAUCUGUCUACCAACUCGAAAACCGGUACUUUGACCAUUAUCAUCAGCGGCAAACCGGAAGCUGUUAAGCAGACGAAGCGGGAGAUCAUCAACUCUUUGACGCUGCAGGUUAAGGAGACCGUGAUGAUACCCAUCUCUGUGAGGCGUCAUUUGGUUGGAAAGGCCGGUGCCAACAUCAAGAGCCUGAUGGCACGCACGAUGACCAAGAUCGACAUGCCGAGAACAUCGGAGGAAGAGCCCGCUGCCGCUGACACAGACGAUUUGCUCGAAGAUGAACCCGAGCAAGAAGUCAUCAUUAUCGGUGAUUACGAAGGAGUUGAAGAAGCUAAGAAGGCUGUGGACGAGCUCGUAGCACAGAGGACCAGCAAGAGGACCCUCCGGAUGAACGUAGAGCGAUCCUACUACCCCUUCAUUGCCGGGCCAAAUGGAUCGCAAGUUCAGCUUCUUGAGCUCGAGACCAACACCCGCAUUCACAUUCCACCAACGGUUUCAAACGCGGGAGAAUCCACUUCGGCCGAUAUCAAGAUCAUCGGCGAACGCUCAGCUGUGCUAGCAGCAGAAGAACGCUUGAAGGCCAUCUAUGAGCAAGUUAAACGUACGACACGAACUCUGCAAAUCCCUGUCAAGAAACGCCAACAUCGCUUCAUCAUCGGGCCCAAGGGCGUGACGCUGCAGGAGAUUUUCGAAAAGACUGGAUGCCAUGUGGAUCUUCCUCUCACGGCCGAUCCCUCCGACAUUGUGACUAUCCGUGGUCCCGAUGAGAUGUUGAGCACCGCUUUACAACUGGUCAUCGAGAAGUCCAACUCGAUCAUUAUUGAUGAGGUCGAUGUAGGCGCCACUAUCGCCUCCUCGGUUCAGCCUGAACUAUUUAUGCGAUUUUUAUACACAAAGGAACGCGCCCACCUCAAAAGCAUCGAGAGCGAGCAUAACGUUACAAUUCAGAGCCAAAAAUCAUCCGACGCUCACCCCGUCCUGGAGAUUCAAGGCAAGACGAAAAGCGAAACCGACGCAGCUCGUGCCGCCCUAUACAGCAGCAUCAAAGAAUGGGGAGAGACUCUCUGCUUUGGUGCUGUUGAGAUUCCCAGCGGAUUGCACAAGUUUGUCAUUGGGAAGAAAGGGCAAAACAUCGCCAACAUGAAGGCAAAGCCGGAGUGGAAUGGUCGAUUCGUCGAUGUGGUUGUUGCCCACGAAGCCGAUGCUUCCGAUGAGGUCAUCAUUGUCGUCAAGAGAGCUCCUACCGGAAAGGCGAAAGGAAACCUCGCUGCCAGUGACGAAGAAGCCCUCAAGCUGGUCGACCUGCUGAAGAAGGAGUUGGAAUCUCAAGCUCAGGCUUUGGCGGACUUGGUCACUCUGAACGUCAACAUCGACUCCAAGUACCACGGAAGACUUAUUGGCACCGGAGGCGCGGCCCUAAAGGAACUAUUGUCCGAGUAUAACAACGCCGUCACCGUGAAGUUCCCAAAGUCCGCUGACAGCAGCAAAGACGCCAAAGAAGCCGUCCCCGGGAAGGACUCUGAGGGCGCCAUCGUCAUCCGUGGACCCAAGAAGGAGGCACACGAAGUCCAGGACAAGAUCCAGAAGCAAGUAGCCGAAUGGCGCCACGUCGAGCUCAUGAGCAGCUUCACCGAAGUCCUGAAGGUGCCCAAGGGUCUCGGCAAGAGGUUGGUCGGAAACGGAAAGGACCUCAAAUGGGCCGUCAGUGCGAUCAGGGAGAAGAUUGCGUCUGGCGACGUGCACAAGAGCAAAGUCAACGAGAAGGAGCUUGCGCCGCCGAACCUGAACCUCCGCGCUGAGGUUGAGGCCGGGGCCACGGAGGAUACCGUCACGCUGUACGGCCCAAAGACCAUCGUUGAACUCGCGAAGGGUAUCGUUGCAGAGCGGGCAAAGAAGCUCGCCGACACGAUUUCGGAGGACAUCGACCUCUUCGCCGCUGUUUCUGCCGCCGCCCGCAAAGUCGUGGAGGAAGCUGGCGGUGACAUCCGUCGCAAGGUCUUGCGGCGAAUCAUCGGCAAGGAGGGCAAGGGCAUCAAGAAGCUAACCGACAAGCACGGUGUCCAGGUCCGCUUCGUCGACCGUCAGCGCAAGCAACAAGCCAAGGUAGAAGAUGACGAUGAGGAUGUGGAUGUCAGUGAGGUGGAAGCCACCGACUCUGCACCUGGCAACGUCGUUAUCAAGGGCAGCAAGAGUGAUGUUGGCCCCGCCCGCGAUGAGCUUGUCGCCCUAGUGGAACACGAACUCUUGAACUCGUCGAGUGUGACGUUCCAGUUCCCGCGCGCUGCGCUGCCGCAUAUUGUUGGACGUCAUGGCGCGAAGAUCCAGAAGAUCAAGGACCAGUAUAACGUCCGCAUUGACUUCAACGACAUUGCCGAUGACGAGGCUUCAACCGAGUGUGUGAUUGAGGGUAGCCGUCAGAACUGUCAGGGGGCUGCGGAGAGCAUAAAGUCGGCUGUUGAUGACAACAUCAAUGUCGAGUCCGUCGAGGUCCAAAUCCCAUCCUACUUACAUAAGCUGAUCAUCGGCCCUGGAGGUGCGCGCAUCCGCGCUGCCAUGGAGCGAUUCGGCGGCCAGGACCGGGUCAAGGUCCAGUUCCCGCAAGCGAACAUGAACCUCAAAACCGCCGAAGACGCCAUCGUGCUCAAAGGAAACCCCAAACUGCUGCCCGACGUGCGCAAGGAACUUGGCAAGCUCGUCAACGAAGGCUUGAAAGAGCAGGCCACGGAGGAUUUCUCAGACUACGAGCUCGUCGAGCUGGACGAGGUUGAUGCCAUCACGGAGGUCGUGAGCGUGCCCUCUGUGGACGUGCCCCGGGUCGCGGGACGGUUUGGUGACGCUCUGGUUGACAUGAUAAGAAAGUUGGGCGUCACGAUUUGGUUCCGCGAUGGGGACGCUGCCGACACUGCUUCCGUUCACAUUGUGGCUCGCCAUGGCAAGGAGAAGGAGGUGCAGACGGCCAAGAACGAGAUCAGCUCCAAGAUCCGUACUGUGCAGAGCGUGCCGAUCCCGGAAGCUCUGCUCGAAAAGCUGAGGUCGACGACUGGCGAGGACCACGCGGUUGAAGUUGCUUCGCUCAAAGAUAUUGCCAAGCGUGUCAAGCAGGACACGGGUCUCUUCCCCGAGCUCGACCCAGCUGCUUUGAAGGGAGAAGCCAACGGAUCGUUCGUUCUCCGCGGAGACACCGGCGUCGUUGCCAAGGUUGUCAAGAAGGUUGAGAAUCUCCUGAAGGACCUGGCCAAUUUCACCCACUCUGCCCGCAUUCAACUUGACGCCGACCUCCGUCCCCACAUCAUUGGCCGACAAGGACAGACGAUCAAUCGUCUCCGCGAGGAGAGCGGGGCAGACAUUGACCUCAUCCGCGGCGAAAGCAAGAACGUGAAAGACGUUGUCGUCAUUCGUGGUACAUCCAGUGAAAGCGUCCAGCAUGCGCGCGAGCUGAUCAACAACAUCGUGCAAGACCAAGCCGAACGCAUCGCGCGGGACAGGGAACGCGAGGAAGCGGAGCGGGAGAGGGCUGAAAAGAGACAUGAAGCCCGCAUUGAUGAUGAGGAGGAUGUGUCCAGUGAACGUGGCGCUGAGAGUUCCUCUGCGCCGAAUGUUCCCGGGUGGAGCGGACGCGCGCAGGUGCACCGCGGUGGCAAGGGGCGUAAGUUGCCGGCUGAUGGCCGAUCGGCGCCGAGCCCACCAUCUCUGAGCCGCGACAGCUCCACGGGCAACUACUGGAGUUAUGUGGACGGAACGACAAAGAAGAAGGAUGAGGGCUGGCAGGCGGUCCCGACCAAGAAGGCGGCAAAGGCGGCAUCUUCCAAGAAGGAGGAUGAGUCCUCUGAGCCGCAGGCCAAGAAGGGUUUGGAGAACCUGCCGUCGGAAGACGGCGCAUCGAGCGCGGCGGCCAAGAAGAAGAAGAACAAGAAGAAGAAGGCUGCCGGUGCUGCUGAUACUGCUUCGGUGGAGGCUUUGGACGAGAAGCCCGCGAUCGAAGUGAGCAAGGCUCCACCAGCCACGACCCCUGCUCCCGCUAAGCCGGCUCCCACUGCUACCGCCGCUCCCGCAAAGCCCGCCCCUGUCACGGCUAGCACACAAAACGGAGCCCCUCAGGCCAAAUCCGUAGCCGCCGCCGCCCCCGCACCCGCGCCCGCUGCGAAAGUCGAGAAAAAGGCCGAAUCGGCGCCGGCCGUAGCCGCCCCCGCCACCGCCUUACGGCCAUCAUCGCCUGCGAAACCAAUAGCGCCCAAGGACUCUCUCCCACCCAAAGCGCCCGAACCGGCCCCGGCCCCCGCCGCGGCCUACGAGCAGUUCGAAGAGCUUCCCAAACAAGAGGACGAAUGGCAGACGGUCAAGAAAUUCAAGCAGGCCAAACUGGCUGCCGGUGGCGCCGCUAACCCUGCUGCUGCCACUGCCACUGCCCCGACUACCACUGGUGCGAGCAAAUUCGGGGCCGUGCCCACGAUGCCCUCCGCCGAUGAUGACGAGGAAGCGGCCAAAAAGAAGAAAAAGAACAAGAACAAGAAGAAGAAGAAGGCUGGUUCUGGAACGGCGGAGGCAGCGGUCGUCAUGCCUGGUGACGAGGAGUAGAGAAUUCGGGCAAAAUGCUUCACAUAGACUAUCCCGGAUAUGGGAGGCGAGA